CACACUAAUAACAAACAUUCGCUAUCUGGCCACCGGUCGUUCAACACAUCAAAAUUACAAUAAAAUGUAUUCAAAUAUGUGCUUGAGGAUUGCUGUGUGCCUGGCACUGGUCGCCUGUGCCACCAGCCACGUGCUAAAACAUCAAGAACUGCCGUUGUCAUCAGACGGCAUGAUUUUGGAGAUCACAGUGAAGAACAAAGGAGAUGACCAUCCAUUGUCAUCCAUGGUGGUUGAUAUCGACGAGAAGGGCAGGAGAGUGGCUAUUACUGUGGAAGAGCCAUCAGGAAGUGCUUCGAAAGGCAAAGUUGCUUUAUCUUCGGAUGUUGUGCCUUCGAUUGGUAACCGCCAUGGCAUCGUAGUUGGGACCUGUCCCCUGGGAUACACGAGACGAGGAGGUUUCUGCUUCCAAGACGAUGACUACUAAGCUACCAGUGUAUUGUGUGAUAAACCCCUGAAAUGUGAUAUCCUACCAGUGUCAAUAUAAAUUAUUAAAAAUUAUAAUUUCCGUA